AUGUCGCCUCCUGAGCCGAUUCGAAGCUCUCUCAGCCACAACCCAGAUAACAAAUCAUUGGGCUCUGUCAAUGUUGACCGAACGGAUACGAGUUCUUCUGAAGUCAUCCAAACGAAAGUAGAGAGAAGAUGGGUCUCUUACUUAUGGGAUACUCUGGAUAAGUCGCCAGAGGAAAGACGAUUCCUGUUCAAACUUGAUGCCGUGCUUCUCACAUUUGCUUCCCUGGGAUAUUUCAUCAAGUAUCUUGACCAGGUUAACAUCAACAAUGCUUUCGUCUCUGGCAUGAAGGAAGACCUCAACUUGUUUGGCAAUCAGCUCAACUAUAUGCAAACCUGUUGGACUGUGGGUUACGUUGUUGGGCAAAUUCCAAGCAAUGCCCUCUUGACCCGAAUUAGGCCAUCCAUUUGGAUACCAUCCUGCGAAGUCACAUGGGCCGUGUUAACGAUUCUCAUGGUGAAAUGCAACAAUGCGCAGCAAAUUUACGUCUUGCGAUUCUUCAUCGGACUCGCCGAAAGUACCUUUUACCCUGGGAUGCAGUAUAUCAUUGGAUCAUGGUACCGGAAAGACGAACUGGCCAAACGAUCAUGCAUCUUCCACACUAGUGGUGCUAUCGGAUCCAUGUUCUCUGGCUAUCUCAUGGCUGCAGUCUACCACCUCGGAGGGAGAGACGGUUUCAAAGGCUGGCAAUGGCUCUUCAUUAUAAACACCGUCAUUUCGCUUCCAAUUGCCUUGGCUGGAUACGUCAUGAUACCCGAUGUUCCUGAGAUCACGCGGGCGUGGUACUUCACGAAAGAGGACAUUGCCCUCGCUCAGAAGAGAAUGCAGCUCGAGGGUCGGGCAAACCGUGCUCCGUUUACCAAGGCAAAAUUGAAGAAGAUAUUUUGCAGCUGGCAUAUCUACUUGCUGUCACUCCUAUACAUUUUCUUCAACAAUGGGAAUGGUGCCGCUUCCCAGCCUGCCUUUUCGCUGUGGCUCAAACAGCGAGGAUACAGCGUCACCGACAUCAACACAUAUCCUACCAUCACUAUAGCCAUUACAGUUAUCACCACCCUUGCAUAUGCAUGGACUUCCGACUCCAUAUUCAGAGGAGAGCGAUGGCCCCCAAUCGUGUUUGCAGGUAUCAUUGGCAUUAUUGUCAAUGUGAGCCUCACAGUUUGGAAUAUCCCUAUCGGAUGGAAGUGGGCCUGCUUCUUUCUGGCCGGCUUUGGUGGAGGUGUCAGUGGCCUAACUUUCGCCUGGGCUCAUGAGAUCUGCUCUGAUGACAACGAAGAGCGAGCACUGGUGACGGGAUCGAUGAAUCAAAUGGCCUAUGUCAUACAAGCUUGGCUUCCGCUAUUGAUUUGGCAGCAAGUAGAGGCUCCUAACUAUCCAAAGGGGUACUCAACCUCGAUUGGAAUCAACGUCGGAAUGAUUGUAAUGUGUUUUUGGAUUAAAUAUGCCCACAGACGGGAAAAAAUGAGGAAACAGGUUCGGGGGGGCGAUUCGGGAUUAUACGUAGCGAGCUAA